UGCUGAUGUUUAGGCUCGAGUGACAUUGGACACUAUAUCAGUCGGUACUGCCGUUCACUGGGACAGUCGACGAGAUCUAUUCUUCACAGCACACCAACUCAAACAGCAUCAUGUCGAAAGAAAGCGAUUCCCUCAUCAACAGGGGUGAUGAAGCUCCAUUGCGACCUUUUCAGAAAAUACUGCAGCCUUGCAUGGCCGAAUUCUUAGGGGUGUGUCUGUUUGUGUUCGUUGGGUGCAUGACGGUUCAAGAUCCCCUCGGUCUGAAUAGCAAAGGUAGCCCCGCGUUGACCUCGGCCUCCGCGGUCGCUGUUGGACAUGGGUUUAUGAUAGCAUUGCUUGUUGUGGCGUUUGGAAGUACCAGUGGCGCCCACAUCAACCCAGCGGUGACAUUUGGCAUCCUCCUGAGCGGCGCCAUCACUCCCGUCAUGGCUUUUGCAUAUGUAAUGUCUCAGCUACUUGGGGCUAUGGUGGGAGCAGGAUUGGUCAGGGCUGUUCUUCCAGUUGCAGAGUACGAGUUGAUCAAUGGUGGGGCACACAUUCUGUCGGCAGUCGGACCCGGGCCAGGCAUCGUGUGCGAGAUCCUCCUGACCACAGUUUUGGUCCUGACAGUGUUAAUGUCUGCCGUCGAUGAUCACAGCAAGUCCAACCUCGCACCUCUGGCCAUCGGCUUCGCAGUGACUGUGUGCAUCUUUGCUGGGAUCAACACUACUGGGGCCUCCAUGAAUCCAGCCCGCAGUUUUGGUCCUGCCGUAGCUCUCAGUGUGUACAAAUCUGAAGUGUGGACCUACCACUAUGUGUACUGGGUCGGUCCACUCCUUGGAUCUGUGAUAGCUGCCCUCUUCUACAGAAUCAUCUUUGCAUGCCCAGAGAAGAGGUUCUUCUGUAAGGAAUAGUGUGGUUGGAACCAAGAGAGUUAACUCUACCACGAUUUAUUUACUGAGUUUCCUGUUCCUGUAUGUUAGAGAAAGGGUAGACCAGCUCACCUACCAGACAGCUGAUACAAUGUGUUCCUUAUCUAUGUUAAUCUGUUCUACAGUAAUCUACAGUAAUCAGGGCCAUGGGGUAGCCUAGUGGUUAAAGUGUUCGCUCAUGGCGCCCGGGUUCGAUUCCCCACAUGGGUACAAUAUGUGAAGCCCAUUUCUGGUGUCCCCCGACCUGAUAUUGCAUGAAUAUUGCUAAA